AUGGGUACGCUUCAAUCAUGGCGAAGAGCUUACGGCGCCAUCAAAGACACUACCAAAGUUGGUCUCGCCCAUGUCAAUAGCGAUUACGCGGAUUUGGAUGUUGCUAUAGUCAAAGCCACUAAUCACGUUGAGGUUCCACCCAAAGAGAGACACCUAAGAAAAAUUUUGUUUGCAACUUCUGCUGUUCGACCUAGGGCUGAUGUUGCUUAUUGCAUUCAUGCACUUUCUCGACGCCUUGCCAAGACACGAAAUUGGACGGUGGCAUUAAAAACACUGAUAGUCAUCCAUAGGUUACUAAGGGAGGGAGAUCCAACUCUUAGAGAGGAAAUUGUGAAUUUCUCACAGAGAGGACGGAUUCUGCAACUUUCAAAUUUUAAGGAUGAUUCUAGUCCAAUCGCCUGGGAUUGUUCUGCCUGGGUACGUACCUAUGCAUUAUUUUUGGAAGAAAGACUCGAAUGCUUUCGGAUUCUUAAGUAUGAUAUUGAAGCUGAGCGUCUACCCAAAGCUUCCCAAGGACAGGAGAAGCAGGGACACAGCAAGACCAGGGAUUUAGAUAGUGAGGAGCUAUUGGAGCAGUUGCCUGCUUUGCAACAGCUGCUAUAUCGACUUGUUGGCUGUCGGCCAGAAGGAGCAGCUGUUAGCAAUUAUGUGAUACAAUAUGCUCUGGCUCUGGUACUGAAAGAGAGCUUUAAGAUUUAUUGUGCUAUUAAUGAUGGCAUUAUCAAUCUUGUUGACAAGUUUUUUGAGAUGCCAAGACAUGAAGCUAUUAAAGCCCUUGAAGCCUAUAAACGUGCGGGACAACAGGCAGCAAGCCUUUCUGAUUUCUACGAGGUUUGCAAAGGAUUGGAACUUGCUAGGAAUUUUCAGUUUCCUGUCUUAAGAGAGCCCCCACAAUCUUUUCUUACAACUAUGGAAGAGUACAUUAGGGAGGCACCCCGAGUGGUUUCAGUUCCAAAUGAGCCAAUGCUUCAGUUGACUUACAGACCAGACGAAGUUCUUGCAAUUGAAUACACCAAAGAGUCUGAAGAACAGAUUCCAUCAGAACCUGAACCUAUUGAUAAUAAUGUUGUUGUCCCCAAUUCUGAGCCUGCUCCUCCCCCACCACCAUCUCACAACAAUUUUGACACUGGAGACUUGCUGGGAUUGAAUGACCCGGAACCUAAUGCAUCAUCCAUAGAGGAAAGAAACGCUCUUGCGCUGGCUAUAGUCUCCACUGAAAAUGGCACUGCAUCAGCUUUUAACUCUAGUGCUGCUCAAACAAAAAAUUUCGACCCUACUGGAUGGGAGCUUGCCCUAGUUAGCACUCCAAGUACAGAUAUUUCUUCAGUCAAUGAGAGACAAUUGGCUGGUGGACUGGACUCUCUCACUCUUAACAGCUUAUAUGAUGAAGGAGCGUAUAGAGCUGCACAGCAACCAGUUUAUGGAGCACCAGCUCCAAAUCCAUUUGAAGUUCAUGACCCAUUUGCUGUAUCAAGCAGCGUCGCUCCCCCCUCCGCUGUCCAAAUGGCAGCCAUGCAACAACAAGCAAAUCCAUUCGGUCCCUAUCAGCAGUUUCCACCUCAGCCUCAUCAGCAGCAGCAUAUGUUGAUGGACCCAGCAAAUCCCUUUGCUGAUUCAGGAUUUGGGACUUUUCAUGCACAUCCGGUUUCUCAUCCACAGAAUAACAAUCCAUUUGGAAGCACAGGCUUGUUGUAA